AGGAGAACGGACUAAUUUGGGACUUCAGAUGAACGAGGUACGUGCGUAAGGACGCAGUACAGCGUCUCCAUGGCGACGUUCGAACGCGAGCAGCCAAUCAGGACGAAGCCGCUGCCUUCGGCGUAUGUUGUUCUCCAUAGUGACGCCAGACGCCAUCUUAAGUUCCAACGGGGGCCCUGAGAAGGGCUUGUUUUUACCACCCGUAUUCGUACAGGUACCGCCUUCAGUCCCACUGGAUUGGAUAGUGAUGCCGAAUGCUUCUGCUUUUCGAUUGGAUACAAGUCCAGGAAGUUAAAUGUCCAACCAAUGACAGAGCAGGAGGGCGGGAUUUAUCGCAAUACGGUUGGGGACACAAACAUCUUUGAGUUUUUUUUUAACUAGCAACGUAGCUAGUUAGCGGACUGUAGAGAAAAGCACCAGACCGCGAACGGCCGAGCCAUGAGCAGCCAGAGCUCCCGGAACGAGACCACAGCGGCGGUGAACGGACCCGAGCCGAGCUCCAGAGAGCGGAAACACGGCGGCGGCGCGGUGAAGAGGCUGAAAUCCCGCCGGAGCGCCGCGGAGCGACGGCCGGUGACUGAGGACGAGCUGCGGGCUGCAGGCAGAGGCGUCACUCCGGAGGACGCGCUCGCGCUCCGCACCGUCACGCGCGAUUAUCUGUGUAAACCCGAGGACAACAUCUACAACAUCGACUUCACACGCUUUAAGAUCCGAGACCUGGAGACGAGCACCGUGCUGUUUGAGAUCUCCAAACCUCCUCACUGCGAUGCUGAUGAUGAAGAUGAAGAAAACGUCGAUGCGGACACGAGCACCGGCCGAUUCGUUCGAUAUCAGUUCACUCCGGCGUUUCUUAAACUUCGUACGGUCGGAGCCACCGUGGAGUUUACCGUAGGAGAUCGGCCUGUGAAUAAUUUCCGGAUGAUCGAGCGUCAUUAUUUUAAGGAGCGUCUUCUGAAGAACUUUGAUUUCGACUUUGGCUUCUGCAUACCGAACAGCCGCAACACGUGUGAGCACAUCUACGAGUUCCCGCAGCUCCCGGACGAGCUCAUCCGUCAGAUGGUGGAUCACCCGUACGAGACUCGCUCAGACAGCUUCUACUUUGUGGACAACAAACUGAUCAUGCACAACAAAGCAGACUACGCUUACAACGGGGGCCAAUGAUGCUGCUGAGCCAGGACCAGUUUGUCUCUGACGCAGCAGAUUUGCUGAAACACAGAAAACCUCCGUCUCGUCCGCCGGAGCAUCGCAACCUUCUCCAGGAGCUCGCUGAUGAUCAUCACAGACAAUUUAUCACAAUAUCACAGUCGAUGUUUGUUUUUGUGCACGUGGGAUUCGUUUAGGGCUAAAAAUAUGGGACAUUGAUAUUCUGAAGCUGAUUCUGAUUCAUUAUUAAACUCAGUCUCUUGAUUAUUUUAAGCUUUCGAUUAGAACCUGAUGUGAACACGACGCCUCAGGAAUAAAGGGUCAAAGUCUCCUUCUGAGAAACAGAUCGUUACUUAAUUAAACGUCUUUUAAACCUCAUCGUAACGAGUCCUCUGAUCAGAAUACUGAUAGAAUAUUGUGAUGUAUUGUGGACCUGAUGAUCAGAGCCUCUGUAACGUUCCAGUGUCUGAAUGAGAUUAUAUACAGAUUAUUACACAUUCAUAUUUAAUAAUAAGCUCUAAAUACGUUUUUGUCAUAAAUCAGACGAUUUCACACGUACGAGACGUUAAAUCAUAUUUUUCCCGCCGUCGUGUUGAACGUUUUUAAUCCUCUUGUUACUGAGCGAAGCUUUACGGAGCCACUUUAAAGUGUUUUUCACGUUUAUACAGAACUCCGGGGAUGUUUGGUUGCCAUGGCGCCCGGGAGAAGCCGUGUCAUGUUUCGUACAGUAGAAACGCUGGUUAUGUUUGUGUUACUGAUUUCUGUAUGAUGUGUCGAACUGGAAACAUGUUUUAUAUACUUUCUUAUUACACUUAUAUUUUACCUUGUUAAUGAUGAUGAUGAUGAUGAUGAUGAUGAUGAAGCCUGUAUCAGGACUGAACUGAAAACAUCCCAAAACUCUAUAAAAUCCCAGUAAAGAUAACGAACAAAGAGAAAUCUUCGCUCCAGACGUCCUCGUUACAAACCAGAGCUUGUUGUAGACGAACAGCGUGAGAUGUUUUCAGGGUCACGCGGUGACGUGACGUGAGACGACGGACUGUUUGAUGCCUUACAGUAGAUCAGAUCGGGAGCUGGUUGGAGAAAAAAAACACUAAACUUUCUGAAAUUCUGUCCGAUCGAAACAAACCUUUUUGUCUGAUUCUAGUUUUUGACUGAUUGUAUUAUAGACACGACAGGUUUAGCCGUUUGUUUGUCAUCACUUUCCUUCUGUGUGAAUUAAAGCUGUUUGUAAAAUAAAUAAAUAAAAUGUUUCAUUACAAAGUU